AACUCAUCAUCAAAACCAAGUCACAGCAUUUUACAUCAGUAACAACAAUUUAUCAUACUAAGCAGUAAUUUCAAUCACUGUGCUGUGAAACAAUUUUAGGAUACAUCUAAUUUUGAUUGGGCUAGCAGAAUUGGAGUCAUCCUAUUAGUUUAUUCGUCGUUCCAUGUCCACCACUGCUUUGUGUCUGCUAAUGAUGCCAUGCUCCAAUUUGAUGCGAUUUCUCAAGAACUACGAUUGAGCUAGAAACAAUUGAAAGAUUGCCAGAAAUAAUGGCAACAGGAAGGCCAAGAUAUUACACCGUUGAUAACAUAACUGCAUUGUGAUCGCCACRCACCGGCAGUGGGUGCUGUCGUAUCUGCGCCGCUAAAGACUGUUCAAAGCGCCACGGAUGUGAACUGCAGAGAACGCUACCAUUCGAAAUGAUGACAACCAAACACGGUGUUCCAUGUUAGUAUCUUAGGGGACAGAUCGGUUGCCGCUGGUUCCAUGAAUCUAGCAGAUUUGAUUCCGCGGGCGAAAGCAACGAACUCAACCCCAUCAUUAGUAAUAGCAUCUCAUUGAAAAUUUAUUCGACAAAAGUUCAACGCCUUUGUUUUGUUUCGACUCACUCGAGAAUCGUAACGAUGAUAUACCAGURAGCAUUGCAAUCCUUUUAAAAAACCGCUCCUAUUUUUCUCGACAUCUCCUUUCAAUUUCAGCUUGAAAUGGAGUACUCGCUUGCAAACGGAUGUCACUCAAUGGUUGUCUGUUAUUCUCCAUUCAAAAACAAAAUUCAUCCAGGCAUUCAUUCGCUGAUUGAUAAAUGCCAUCCAUGUCAGUCGUAGAUUGCAUUGGCAUCGUUUUCUUUCCACAUAGAUUCGUGCAGGGAGACCGGACACGUCCCAAAUUCUCCCUCGCCAACACUCUUCCGCCAUUCCACGCCGCGAAUCCUAGCAAUCAGUUGCUCGGGUCCGAAUUCGACGUCUUCUAGGGGCUCCUUGAGGAACAAGACGCUGCUGCCACAAUUCUCGCCGGCGUCCGUGUCUGCACCAACGGCCAAUCCACGGAGGACUCCGUGCUCGCAGUUGUGUGUCCAAACGACCUGGAUGGUGUCGAUGCGGCACAGCUCGUACGAGGGCGCCGCGCCUUCUCCCGCGUCUCCCACCAGCACGCCGUCUACGUACCACGAUCCGGUGCGGUAGAMGACCGUGUCCCCCUCUUCCACAACCGCCGACAGGUGGUAUUCUCCACGACCAAAGGUGRGUGCAUCGGACUGGUAGUCGAUGCUGUCCGUGGUGGCAGACAACGCCGGGGGGACCCCUAAAAGCGUUCUGUUUUUCGUCGUUGGUGUUGCUGCUUCUGCUGUCGUUCUUGGGAUCCCAACAACGGCACCGACGCGGAGGGGAGCGGUCCAUGCAAACGAAUGKACCGAAAGAMCACAAAGUUGGUUACCGAGAAGGGCAACCACGGCCAACCAUAGCAGAAAGAAAACAAAAGAACCUAGGAUGGCCAACGGAAAAGACGACACCUUCCGCAUCGCUAUGCAUGCAGUYGUUGGCAUUUAUCUUGUCCACUAGUAAACGCAACAGUGUGCUUUUCUUCUGGUGUUUUUGAWGAAGCCUAUAUCGUGUAUGUCGCUGCCACUCUCCGCGGGUAGACGGAAGUUGAACAAUCGGAAAUCGGCAAGUGCAGUGCCGGUUUCUGUAUCGCAGAGUAUCGUAACAAACAUAUCGUACUUCCAAUUUCUCUUCGACAACGAGUCAUUUGCGAUCGUACAUACAGACUGUACAAGUACCGUAGGUACGUCGCGAACUCGUACAGUAAUCGAAAAACUUCCUAACUGUGACCUCAAAAAACGAAUGUGUCACCCAUCUCGAUGUGAUUGAUGCCCGAGCGAUGUAGAGAGUCUUCGGGAAACUAGCCGAAUGCGCCUUGAAAAUAUUUCUUGUGCAAGUUUUCUUUAAGGAUCCAUUUGAAUGACAUUCCGCGUCGCGUAUACUUAUAUCGUACGGUACUACGUAGGAKAGUACUGGUUCCUGGCACAAAAUGUGCGCGCAUACCGCGCGAACAACAAAAAAGGACAACAUUUUUUCGAUUUUCUAUUUUACGGCAUAUUUUUCUUUUUCCUUCCAAACGAGCAUGAACGAAGAUUACUUCCUCUCUAUGAUCUUCUAGUCUUCGCAUCCGUGCCCAAGAAAAUCUAGUCAUUCGGAUCCCAAACUUAUUCCAAUCGUCAAAAUCACGAUACGAAUAGGAUUCCAAUUCUCAUUUCGACGACCUAUCCGACACUAAUAACACAUUCUAACAAACACGGCAGCGCAAGCAAGCAACUGCAAGACCCAAAACACACCGCAAAYAGCACAAACUACUACUCUACACUUCCUAAAACACAAUGUCCUCGGAUUCGAAACCAUACACUCCCGAUCCCAACUUUGACUACGACCUGGUCGUAAUCGGCGGGGGCUCCGGCGGCGUUCGGGCUUCCCGAAUGGCCGCCGGUCACGGCGCCAAGACUCUCCUGAUCGAGGGCCAGAUGAAACACGGGCCACCGAACUACUCGGCCAUCGGUGGAACCUGCGUCAACGUCGGUUGUGUCCCCAAAAAGCUCAUGGUCUUUGCCUCUAGGUACCCGGGGUCUAUCGCCGAAGCCAAGGGAUACGGAUGGGACGGCGCCAAACCCGGAACCUUUUCUUGGGACACCUUUAUGGAGGCAAAGGAUGCCGAGAUUUCGCGCCUCAACAACAUCUACAACGAAUUUGUCCUWAAACGGGCGGGCGUCGAGGUAUGCGAGGGACUCGGCAAGCUCAACGGCAAGAACAAAGUGGACAUUGCCCUGCCGGACGGAAGUAGCAAGACUGUCUCGGCCAAGAACGUGCUCAUCGCUGUGGGUGGGUGGCCCUUCAAGCCUGACAUUCCYGGGAUCGAGCACACCAUCACCUCAAACGAGAUCUUCUACCUGAAGGAGCAGCCCAAGCGGAUGGUGAUUGUUGGAGGUGGAUUCAUCGCGUGCGAAUUCGCCCAGAUCAUGCACGGCCUGGGGACCAAGGUUACACUCAUGUACCGAAAGGAUCUGUUCCUGAGGGGCUUUGACAUGGACAUGCGCAAGCACAUCUACGAGGAAAUGAGCCGGACCACCGACAUCGACAUCMAGUUCAAUACCAACCCGACGGAAAUCAAAAAGAACGACGACGGGUCGUUCACGGUUGUCACGGAAGGAGGCAGCGUGGACUGCGAUCAGGUCAUGUACGCCACCGGCCGCGUAGGAAAAUCGGACAACAUCGGCCUCGAAACCGUCCCCGAGCUGGUCACCAAGGGAUCCUUUAUCCCCGUGGACGAGUACUCCCAGACAAACGUCCCCGGGAUCUACGCGGUCGGUGAUAUCACCGAUCGCAUGGCGCUGACGCCUGUUGCUCUCAUGGAGGGCCACUCCCUGGCCGACACACUCUUUGGGGGGAUGGAUCGCCCUGUCGACCACGAGUUUGUGGCCUCGACCGUCUUUACGACCCCGGAGCUUGGGACCGUCGGCUACACGGAGGAACAAGCCGUGGAGAAGUACAAGGACAUCAGGGUCUUUAAGACCCGGUUCCGGCCCAUGGCGCACUCUUUUCCCAAGUCGGAAAUGUACACUAUGAUGAAAGUUAUUGUGGAUUCGGCCACCGACAGGGUCGUAGGCUGCCACAUUGCCACCGAUGGAGCGGGGGAAAUGAUCCAGGGGGUUGCCAUUGCCGUCAAGAUGGGGGCCACCAAAAAGGAUUUCGACAAGACGAUCGGCAUCCACCCAACCUCUGCCGAGGAACUUGUUACCAUGCGAUCUCCAUCCUACUCGUACAAGGACGGCGAGAAAGUGGAAAAAUGAACCGAUUCGGUUGCGGCGAAACGAAGCAAGUUGUGAAAGGAAACUACACGAAGCUUUUUGCGUUGGAAACAGAAGCACUGCGUUGUGCAAUGUACAGAUGUGACCCUUUCAUAGUAUGAAGACAAUMAAUCCAACACAUGUGUCAAUUAUUGGACUGGUUCGGUCUGAAUUCAUUUGAUGAUAUAUUGUCUACUUGUAGUAACAUAAAGUUACAAUCCACGAUUCGGAAAAGCUCUUAUGAGGAUCAAGCAAAAUUACUGCUGUAACAACGUAUUGUUCGUGAAUUCGAACUAAAUUUAAUGUGGAUUA